GAGGGUGUCGCGGUGCACGCCGGGACGCAGCGCUGCGGCCAGGCGGAGGCGGCGGAGGCAAGAUGGACGCGGGCUUCUUCCGCGGAACAAGCGCAGAGCAGGACAAUCGCUUCAGCAACAAGCAGAAGAAGCUGUUGAAGCAGUUGAAAUUUGCAGAAUGCUUAGAAAAGAAGGUGGACAUGAGCAAAGUAAAUCUGGAAGUAAUCAAACCAUGGAUAACAAAACGAGUAACAGAAAUCCUUGGCUUUGAAGAUGAUGUAGUAAUUGAAUUUAUAUUCAACCAGUUGGAAGUGAAGAACCCAGAUUCCAAAAUGAUGCAAAUCAACCUGACUGGUUUUUUGAAUGGGAAAAAUGCUAGGGAGUUCAUGGGAGAACUGUGGCCACUGCUAUUAAGUGCACAAGAAAACAUUGCUGGUAUUCCAACUGCCUUUCUGGAGCUGAAGAAGGAGGAAAUAAAACAGCGACAGAUAGAGCAAGAGAAGCUGGCUUCUAUGAAGAAACAAGACGAGGACAAGGAGAAGAGAGAUAAGGAAGACAAAGACAACAGAGAAAAAAGAGACAGAUCCAGGAGUCCAAGAAGGCGCAAGUCGAGGUCUCCUUCCCCUCGCAGGAGGUCGUCGCCUGUCAGGAGGGAGCGGAAGCGCAGCCACUCGCGCUCCCCCCACCACAGGACCAAGAGCCGCAGCGCCACCCCUGCGCCGGAGAAGAAGGAGCUGACUCCUGAGCCAGAGCCCUCUGUGAAACCAAAGGAGGCUGUUGUUCAAGAGGCAACUUCCAACAGUGAUGUCCCAAAAGCUCCUAAACCUGAACCUCCUGUACCAGAGACUAAGGAGAAUUCUCCAGAACGUAACUCCAAGAAGGAGAGGGAGAAGGAGAAGGAGAAGGAGAAGACUCGGCAGCGCUCCCCGACACGCUCCAAGUCCAGGUCCCGCUCCCGGUCCCGUUCUCCCUCUCACUCUCGACCCAGGCGGCGUCACAGAUCACGGUCAAGGUCUUACUCCCCUAGAAGGCGACCGAGCCCCAGACGAAGACCAUCUCCGAGGAGAAGGAGCCCUCCAAGGCGAAUGCCUCCCCCACCCAGACACAGAAGAAGUCGCUCCCCUGUCAGGAGGAGAAGAAGAUCAUCAGCAUCCUUAUCUGGCAGCAGCUCUUCCUCCUCCUCCUCUCGUUCCCGGUCACCACCAAAGAAGCCUCCUAAGAGAACUGUGCCCAGCCCUCCCCGCAAGACGCGCAGGCUGUCUCCUUCUGCCAGCCCUCCCAGGCGGAGGCACAGACCCUCCCCCCCAGCCAGCCCUCCUCCCAAACCACGCAGGUCUCCAACCCCCCAGCAGUCCAAUCGUGCAAGGAAAAGCCGUGGCUCUGUGUCACCCAACAGAGCAGCAGCACCCAAACACAAGAGUACUGAAAAGAGAGAAUCGCCUUCGCCAGCGCCAAAGCCGAGGAAAGCAGAGCUCUCAGAGUCAGAAGAAGACAAAGGAGGUAAAACGGCUGCAGCAGAUUCAGUUCAGCAGAGGCGUCAGUACAGAAGGCAGAACCAGCAGUCUUCAUCUGAUUCUGGCUCUUCAUCCUCAUCUGAAGAGGAAAGGCCUAAAAGGUCCAACGUGAAGAACGGGGAGGUGGGCAGGCGCCGCCGCCACUCCCACUCCCGCAGCCGCUCGCCGUCGCCACGGAAACGACAGAAGGAGGCCUCCCCUCGGAUGCAGAUGGAAAAGAGGUGGCAGUCACCAGUGAUGAAAAGCCGCAGGAGGAGGAGUCCUUCACCCCCACCAGCCAGGCGCCGCCGCUCCCCCUCACCUGCGCCCCCUCCCCGCCGCCGGAGGUCGCCCUCCUUGCCCCGACGAAGGUCUCCAUCCCCACCCCCGCGCAGACGCUCGCCCUCCCCCCGGCGCUACUCUCCGCCCAUCCAGAGGCGCUACUCUCCCUCGCCACCGCCCAAGCGCAGAACAGCUUCUCCUCCUCCCCCGCCCAAGCGCAGGGCAUCUCCUUCUCCGCAGUCCAAGCGCAGAGUCUCCCACUCCCCCCCGCCCAAGCAGCGGAGCUCGCCCAGCAAGAGGCGCUCCCCUUCCCUGUCUUCCAAGCACAGGAAGGGGUCUCCUCCCAGCAGGUCCAACCGGGAAACGCGUUCUCCGACACAGAACAAAAGGCAUUCACCUUCACCACGGCCUAGAGCUUCUCAUACCUCUGCAAGCCCACCACCACCACGAAGGGGAGCCUCAGCUUCACCCCAGAGAAGACAGUCUCCAUCCCCGAGCACUAGACCCAUCCGGAGGGUGUCAAGAACGCCAGAACCUAAGAAGACCAAGGCUUCCACCCCCAGCCCGCGGCGAGUGUCCUCCUCGCGCUCUGCGUCAGCAUCGCCGGAGCCGGCACCAAAAAAGCAUCCAGGACCUCCAUCUCCUGCUCGCUCUGGGUCCCCUUCUGCAAACUGGUCACCUGCCAAAAAGGCUAAGAGCCCAACUCAGAGCCCAUCACCUGCAAGGAAUUCAGAUCAAGAAGGGGGAGGAAAGAAGAAGAAGAAAAAGAAGGAUAAGAAGCAUAAAAAGGAUAAAAAGCACAAGAAGCACAAAAAACACAAGAAGGAGAAGGCUGCAGCAGCUGCAGCAGCUGCUGUUGUGGCUGCACCAGACACCACCUCGGCGCAGGAGGAUCAGGAGGCAGAGACAGAACCCAAAAAGGAGACAGAAAGUGAACCAGAAGACAACCUGGACGACCUAGAAAAACACCUGCGGGAGAAGGCCCUGAGGUCCAUGCGGAAGGCUCAAGUGUCCCCCCCCUCCUAGGCAGAGACCCCUUUGAUAUAAUAAUGUACAUUUUGAUUUGGUUUGUACUCAGAAUUCAAUUUCCAAUGGCUAAAUGUGUUUGAGCUUUAGAAUAUAACCUUUGUUGUAACAAUAAUUGCUAGGUUGAGGUUCAGCCAUGUACAAAGGGCAUGGAUUUACAUGACAAAAGGUGUCCACAGUGUGCUAGUGACAUUCUUUCAUCGCCAGUCAGACGUCAUUUCAUCUAGAGUGAGACUUUUUUAGCAGCAGUAGGGAUUUGUUUUGAAGCUUUUCAACACGACUCUCAAUUCCCCAGUCCCUUUGGAAACCCAACAAAAAACCCUUGAAGCAUCUUUUGUUGUUUUUUUUUUUUCUUCUGGAGGUGGGUGGGGGAGGGUCUCUUUUGAUUCCUUUCUGUACCCACUGCAGGUUAUGCUGCUACCCUUUGUGGUUUGUCAGCUUGGCCAGAAGGCAAAACCACUGCAGAAUUAGUGAGGAAAUUGAUCCCUUGGAAGGAAAUUUUAUCAGUUUGAGAGGGGAAUUUAUAGAUGGGAGAGAAAUUUGUCAACUGGAAGGGGAUUUAUUUGUUCAAAGGAGAUUUAUCUGCUUGAAGGAAAUUUAUCAGUCUGAGGGAAAUGGAUCAAUUUGGAGGGAGUUUAUCAAUCUGGAGGGGAGGAAUUAGGAUCAGUCUGAAGGGGGGGAUUUAGGAUCAAUUGGAGGGGGGGAUUUAGUAUCAAUCUGAAGGGGAGGAUUUAGUAUCAAUUGGAGGGGGGAUUUGGGAUCAAUCUGAAGGGGAGGAUUUAGUAUCAAUUGGAGGGGGGAUUUGGGAUCAAUCUGAAGGGGAGAAUUUAGUAUCAAUCUGAAGGUAGUUUAUCAAUCUGAAGGGGGGGAUUUAUUAUCAAUUGGAGGGGAAGAUUUAUCAUCAAGUUUGGGGGAGAAUUUAUCAAUUUGAGAGGGAAUUUGUUAUCAGUUCCUGGGGAAAACAUCAAAUCUGGGGGGAAUUUGUUAUCAGUUUGAGGGGAAAUUAUUACCAGUUUUGGGGAGAAACUGACUAUGAAUUUGAGGAGGAAUUUACCAUCAGUUUGGGAGAAAUCAUCCAUUUGAGGGUGAAAUUAAUCAUCAAUUUGGGGGGGGAAUAGUUUGAGGGUGAGCUAAUAACCUGGGGGGGAAGCUAUUGCCAGUUCAAGGAGAGGGAGUUCACCAUCAGCUUGAGGGGGAGAAAUGAUCAGCUUGAGGGAGGAUUCAUCUCUCUGAGUGCUUUCUCCUCUUGCCUGCAUAGUUCUCCAUUAGAGCAAACCCCAAAAAUAGCAAUUUUAGAGUGGUAGAUAAAAAGACCCCAAGAAAUGAAGGGUUGUUGUUUGCCAGGACACUGUGGCUUUCUGUUUGAUGUAACCUGAUUUGCAAACACUGGAAUCUUCAGCUGGGGGGGGGGGGGUUAAAUGUUCUUUUAGUUGUUGGGUUGGGUUUUGUUUAAAGGGCAGAUUCCAUUGAUCAGCAAUUCCAGAGAGAGGGGAAAAAACAGAAAACAACUGUAAAAAAAAAAGAGAAAAAAUAGCCAAGGACAAAACAAUAAAAAAGGGCAAAGAGAAUAAAAAAGGCAAAUGGAAAAAAUGAAAUAAAAGAAAGCAAAAAAAGCAAAUGGAAGGAAGGAAAAAAACAAAAGGAAGCAAAAAUCAAAUAUAAAGAAGAAAAGGAAAUGAAAGGAAACAACAAAGAAGGCAGAAAAGGAAAUAAAAGAAAACAACAAAGAAGGCAGAAAUGGAAAUAAAAGAAAACAAAUCAAAGAAGGCAGAAAAGGAAUGAAAGGAAACAACAAAUUAAAGAAGGCAGAAAAGGAAACAAAUUAAAGAAGGCAGAAAAGGAAACAAAUUAAAGUAGGCAGAAAAGGAAACAAGAGGAAACAGCAAAUAAAAGGAAGAAGAAAUCAAAUAGAAGGAAACAAAAAGCGAAUGGAAGGAAACUAAAAGGAAGCAAAAAGCAAAUAGAAAACAAAAGGCAAAUAAAAACAAAUGAUAAAACAACAACAAAAAAAGGAUAAUAAAAGCAAAACAAACAAAAAAAAGAGCAAAUAACAUAAAAAAAACACCCAACAAAAAAACCUCCUUCAGUUCCCUCCAGUUCUGUGUUUGAGAUGUCUUUGCCCCCCCCCACCUUGUUCAUAACUCUUUGUCUCUCGACGGUUCUCCUGAGUGGCUCUGAGCCACUUUCCAGAGCUGUGGUCUUGGGAAAGGUCCUCGAGGAGCCCCCAAAUCUCUUUGGAUAUUGUCAAGUUUUCACUGUUUUGGUUUCUGUUGUUGUUCUUUUGGGUUUUUUGUUUUUUUAACUAAAGCUAUAUAAAGCUUGUGGAUGAGACAAAUAAAUUUCUAAAUUUAAA